GAAAUCCGAGUUUCGCGGGAGGGCCCUUCGCGGGUAAACUGCAUCCCCUUAUUCAUUGUCAGCUUCCUGGAGCCAUUUUUUAAACAUCCAGAACGGAGCUUUCGACUCAAUCAAAUCCGUUGCAUCUUCCCGUUUUAGAAACGUAUCGUUUAUACAAUUUGAGCGUAUGGGCAUGUAAGAUAUUAGUCUAACGAUAUCCCUGAUUAUUUUGGGUCGAGCCGAGACGAACUUUGAGGAGAAAGUGCUCCAAAGUAGCGGAGGUACAAACGGACAUUUGACCCUGAAGAUGAGAAAGAGGGGAGUCCCGGAAAAAGUCAUAAUUUCAGGGGUCGGAGGCUCCUCCAUGGACAAAAGACAAACGGUUAUGACCCGGUACAGCAAUGGGACAUAUUAUCAGAUUUUAACAACUCCGCCAUGCCCGAACCAGACUAACAAUGUCGGUGUCGCAGACACGACCGUGAGUCAGCUUUACACUACACCCAUAGGGGUGUCUACAAACGGGACAGGACCGCGACCAGCCCUCGGAAGACCCCCGGCGAAGCGUCGGUUGGAGCUGGAGGAGAGGGACCAGUACACCACUGAGCCAAUCAGUGAGCCCAGAGCUAAGAGAGCCACCACACACUCCCUCAGAAGAACCCAGACUCCUCCCUCCCCAUUAGAGAAGACCAGGUAUGACACAUCUCUAUGCCUCCUGACCCAGAAGUUUGUCCAGCUGCUGGCCCAGUCCAGUGACGGGGUGGUGGACCUGAACCGGGCCGCGGAGUCCCUCAAGGUGCAGAAGAGACGCCUCUAUGACAUCACUAACGUCCUGGAGGGGGUGCAUCUCAUCAAGAAGUCCUCCAAGAACAACAUCCAGUGGCUGGGCUGUAGCCUGUCUCCAGAAGGAGUGGCCAGUGUCCAGACCCCUGGCUCUGUGGGUAAACAAUUGCUAGAGUUGACCCAGGAGGAGAGGAGACUGGACGAACUCAUACACACCUGCACACUCAUCGUCCAACAGAUGACUGAAGACACACCCACAAGGAGGUUUGCGUACAUAUCGUAUGAUGAUGUGAAAAGGAUUCCUAGUCUGAAUGACCAGACGGUCAUCAUGGUCAAAGCCCCUGCUGAAACCAGGCUGGAGGUGCCAGACCCUGCAGAGAGUCUCCAGGUCCACUUGAGCAGCACCCAGGGUCCAAUAGAAGUCUUCCUGUGCUCCGAUGAUCACGCCCCUUCCUCCCCACUGAAAAACAACUCUGCGCCGAACGAACAUGCACAUCCGUCUUCGUCUUCGUCCUAUGCCAGUGGAAACUCCACAUCCUUUCUCAAGGUGUCACAAGAGGGUAAUAACUCCACCGGUACCGGUUUCUCCAACGCCCUGUCCAGCCUCCCAGCAUGCUCUGCAGUGACAGUUACUCCUGUCUCCCCCCUGCCCUCCUCCCUCACCUCCCUCCUCCCCCUCCAGGACGUUGACCAGGAGCCCUUCAUCCCCCUGUCUCUCGUGGGGGAUGACUACCUGCUUAGCCUGGGCGAAGACGAAGGCAUCAGUGACCUGUUCUCCUAUGAUCUGGACCGGCUUCCAUUAGACAACCUGCUCUGUAAUUGAAUGAAAUGUAAUCUCAGCGGCCAUUUUGGGGAAUUUUAGUUUGGCCAUUUUGUAGCCAGAUUCAUGGUCCCAAUGUGGUUGUUUCCAGUUAUAAAGGACUGAUUUAGAGCCCAGUGGGCUCUAUGGAAUGCAGCACAGCGGCCAUUUUGGAGCAAGGCUUUUUUUUUCUUGACCUUGUGGACUGGACUGCUCAUAGAGGACCUGCUGUGUAAUUGACCCCUGGCCAGCGAUGAGGGUAUAGAGCUGAUCAAAGGGAGUAAGUUUCAGUUCAGACUCACUGUAGGGGUGAAUUCUGUGGCUGAAAGAAUGGACAAAACCCGUCUUUCUGGUUUUGCACUGACAAGCAAACCAACAUCUUAAACAAUCACUCCUCCAUAGCAGACUGUUAUCUAAAUGAACUGUUCUCAUUUGAAAGCAGAAGUUGUCCCGAACAGAGAUGAGUUAUGGACGUUAACCCCUGAACACAGAUUCUUACCCAUAUCUACCAUCGUGUGACUUGUGAACUUGUGACCCGAUGACAGGUCCUGGUUCUCAGCUCACCAGAGUAGUUGCAGACCCGGUAUCUACGUCCCAAGAUGGUGAUCUCUGCCUGGGCAUCAAUAAAUAAAAAAAAUAGCAAGAGGUACCUGGUCUUCCACAUGGAGCCUUCUGACACAAUACUGGAAGAGACUGACUGGUAGUGUUUUAGAUAGCCACAGUAUGUACUGAAAGAUGGGCCUUCUCCCGAUAUAACAGUUUGCUACACAAUUGGUGUACGUUUUGUUUGUUGUUUAGAAGAGGAAGUGAAUAUUGCUCCUGUUGCCGUGUGGGACAUCCACUACAUGUCCUUCUCCUGCUGUCGAUGAACUUCUUUAAUAUCCAGGGAUGAGCAAUGUGCCUCCACACACACACACACACACACACACACACACCACCAUGCAAGAGUCACGUAGACAAGCCCCCAUUUUGUUUUAGACAUGCUAGCAGCCAAGAAUGCUACUUAUAAGAAUAACUAACGUAUUAACCAACUCAUAGUCAAUUCUCAGGGCUCCCAAAUUACUUUCUACUUGAAAUACAAUUUUAUUACUUCAUUAAAAUGUACAAAUGAAUUGUAAUGAUUUUUUUUUUGUGCCAGAUAUUAUAAUAAGGUAGGAUGUUUUUAUUUUUUAAACUUACACCCAAUCAUUAACCCAUUGAUAAAAUGGAUAUACAUUUUUAAACAUUUACCCUUCGAUUAGUAUAGACAUGUGACUAGGGUAGCCGAGUGGUUAGAGCGUUGGACUGGUAACCGAAAGGUUGCAAGUUCAAAUCCCCGAGCUGACAAGGUACAAAUCUGUCGUUCUGCCCCUGAACAGGCAGUUAACCCACUGUUUCUAGGCCGUCAUUGAAAAUAAGAAUUUGUUCUUAACUGACUUGCCUGGUUAAAUAAAGGUAAAAUAAAAUAGACGUGACCUUUUAAACUACCUGACCAUACGGUAUAUUCAGCUUUCCUUUGUGGUCUGAAUCUGCCUGGUUUUAGAGACGUGCUUCACUAGAUGGUGUCCUAUGGCCUUUACUAGUCUGUGAUGUUGGACCAGAGCUCGAUGGGUUGAUGACAGAACUUACCAAGAAGUCCUUUUUUUGAGCCGAUUGACUGAUAUGAAAGUAUGUUGGAGAACAGACAUGUUCUGAACGGAACGAUAUACUGUAUUGUCUGUCUUAUAGUAAUGUGUAUUUUAUUUAAUAUUAUUUUUUACAUGUUAAGUCAUUUCUAAGGUACUGUACUAGAAACUACUACUGUACUGUACUAGAAGCUACUACUGUACUAGAAGCUACUACUGUACUAGAAGCUACUACUGUACUGUACUAGAAGCUACUACUGUACUAGAAGCUACUACUGUACUACUGUUUGUGUUUUUGUUUUUGAAGGUAUUCUGGUGAUAGUUUGGUUUACCAGUCUGUUUCUACAUGGUUUGUAAUGACAAUGAUUUGACGUUACAGCACAAACAGAUCUGGGACCAGGCUAGUCUUGAUAUUUCUCCCAGGUGUUGUUGUCGGUGUCUCACUGCUUUGCUUUAUCUUGGCCAGGUCGCAGUUUGUAAAUGAGAACUUGUUCUCAACUAGCCUACCCGGUUAAAUAAAGGUGUUCUCGACUAGCCUACCUGGUUAAAUAAAGGUGUUCUCAACUAGCCUACCCGGUUAAAUAAGGGUGUUCUCAACUAGCCUACCUGGUUAAAUAAAGGUGUUCUCAACUAGCCUACCUGGUUAAAUAAAGGUGUUCUCGACUGGCCUACCCGGUUAAAUAAAGGUGUUCUCAACUAGCCUACCUGGUUAAAUAAAGGUGUUCUCAACUAGCCUACCUGGUUAAAUAAAGGUGUUCUCAACUAGCCUACCUGGUUAAAUAAAGAUGUUCUUAACUAGCCUACCUGGUUAAAUAAAGGUGUUCUCAACUAGCCUACCUGGUUAAAUAAAGGUGUUCUGGUUAAAUAAAGGUGUUCUCAACUGGCCUACCUGGUUAAAUAAAGAUGUUCUUAACUAGCCUACCUGGUUAAAUAAAGAUGUUCUUAACUAGCCUACCUGGUUAAAUAAAGGUGCUCUCAACUGGCCUACCUGGUUAAAUAAAGAUGUUCUUAACUACCCUACCUGGUUAAAUAAAGGUGUUCUCAACUAGCCUACCUGGUUAAAUAAAGGUGUUCUCAACUGGCCUACCUGGUUAAAUAAAGGUGUUCUCAACUGGCCUACCUGGUUAAAUAAAGGUGUUCUCAACUAGCCUACCUGGUUAAAUAAAGGUGUUCUCAACUAGCCUACCUGGUUAAAUAAAGGUGUUCUCAACUAGCAUACCUGGUUAAAUAAAGGUGUUCUCAACUAGCCUACCUGGUUAAAUAAAGGUGCUCUCAACUGGCCUACCCGGUUAAAUAAAGGUGUUCUCAACUGGCCUACCCGGUUAAAUAAAGGUGUUCUCAACUGGCCUACCUGGUUAAAUAAAGGUGUUCUCAACUGGCCUACCUGGUUAAAUAAAGGUGUUCUCAACUAGCCUACCCGGUUAAAUAAAGGUGUUCUCAACUGGCCUACCUGGUUAAAUAAAGGUGUUCUCAACUGGCCUACCUGGUUAAAUAAAGGUGUUCUCAACUAGCCUACCCGGUUAAAUAAAGGUGUUCUCAACUGGCCUACCUGGUUAAAUAAAGGUGUUCUCAACUAGCCUACCUGGUUAAAUAAAGGUGAAAUAAAUAACAAUACCUGUAUAGCACAUGUUCAUAUGAAGUGGUCUCUGUUUGAAGUCGUCUUUUUGUACAGUUGUCCCGUGUGAGUCCCGUGUGAGUCCCGUGUGAGUCCCGUGUCAGUCCCGUGUGAGUCCCGUGUCAGUCCCGUGUGAGUCCCGUGUCAGUCCCGUGUGAGUCCCGUGUGAGUCCCGUGUCAGUCCCGUGUCAGUCCCGUGUCAGUCCCGUGUGAGUCCCGUGUGAGUCCCGUGUGAGUCCCGUGUCAGUCCCGUGUGAGUCCCGUGUCAGUCCCGUGUGAGUCCCGUGUCAGUCCCGUGUGAGUCCCGUGUCAGUCCCGUGUCAGUCCCGUGUGAGUCCCGUGUGAGUCCCGUGUGAGUCCCGUGUGAGUCCCGUGUCAGUCCCGUGUGAGUCCCGUGUGAGUCCCGUGUCAGUCCCGUGUGAGUCCCGUGUGAGUCCCGUGUGAGUCCCGUGUGAGUCCCGUGUCAGUCCCGUGUGAGUCCCGUGUCAGUCCCGUGUGAGUCCCGUGUCAGUCCCGUGUGAGUCCCGUGUGAGUCCCGUGUCAGUCCCGUGUGAGUCCCGUGUCAGUCCCGUGUGAGUCCCGUGUGAGUCCCGUGUCAGUCCCGUGUCAGUCCCGUGUGAGUUUCAUGUCUAUGUGCUUUUGAGUUGUGUACUGCCUGGUUUCCUAGCCUGGUGCCAACUCUGUUUUGCGUUAUCACGUCAACUCCUUGUCAUAAUGGCACAAACAUCUGGGAACAGGCUACAAUUCGGUAGGAAAUGCAGCCAUCGAUUUCAUCCUCAAUUACCGCACUGAAUUUCAGUAACUACUCUUGCUCUCCCCCAGGACUAGGGUGACGUUGACCCGGUGUGCUGAUCUUGGGUCAGUUUUUGCAUUUCACUAAUGCUUUGGCUUGGGGAAGGUGGAAUCUGAUCCUAGAUCUGUGUCUAGGGGAAACUGCGCCUUGGUGUUACCAGUCUUUUUCUCUGGACUCUUCUAUUAAGUUUUAAUUGUGAUUUAUAUAGAUAAAUAUAUGAGUUUUACUUAAUGCUUCUUUGAGAUGUUGAUUUUUAUGAGCAUGAAUUGCUGUUUCUACCCACCGUCCAGCGAUACGAUGCCGAGCUUAAACCAGAGCAAUGUGUUUCAGUUAGGACAUGUAGGAUUAUAUAUAUAUAUAUACACACAUAUAUAUAUAUAUAUAUAUGUAGGAUUAUAUAUAUAUACACACAUAUAUAUAUACACACCAGAACUGUUCCCAGAGAAUUGAAUGUUAUACAGGUUGAAAUACUGAUAUAAAAUAUAUAUGUCUAUAUACACACAUAUAUGUCUAUAUCCAUAUAUACACACAUAUGUGUGUGUGUGUGUGUUGGUUUUAUGAUCUGAAAUAAAAGAUCCUAUACAUUUUC